AAGUUUCAGGAUGUCUCUGUCCCAGUCUCACGUACCCCCAUCCUCCUCCUCCAGGAGCAGAUAAACCGGACCGCCGCCGGAGUCAGCGGAUGUAGAGAGGCGCCUGAAGACCGGAGAGAGCGGUAGAGUUGCUCUCCUCCUCCUCCUCCUCCUCCUCCUCCUCCUCUUCCUUCCUACUGCAGCAGAAGAAAACUCCUGGCCGCUGCAGCACCAUGUCCUCAGCUGGAGGUGAGGACAUAUCAAGCUACCAUUUAAGUGUGGUGCGUAACCCACCGGGCUGGGAGGUGGGGAUCUACCUGGUGGGCUUCCUCCUGCUGCUGGGUGCCGCCGGACUGAACAUCUGGAAGCUGUGGAAAUCUGGAACUUUCCCCGCGCCGUCCCCCUUCCCUAACUUCGACUAUCGAUACCUGCAAGAAAAGUAUGGAACUUCCUUCUCAGAAGUCAGACAGAAGAGAGCGGCCGCCAACAACCACCGGCGCACCUCCACCACAUCCAGCCGCAAGCCCAGCUUGGCCCUCGGUGACACCCCCGACGGCUUCAGGGAACUCGGCCACCUGGAGCUGAUGAGCAGAGAGCUGGACCCAACCGGCAUGGCUCAGCUCCACCGCUCCGUCUCCACGGACUCGCUCAGCUCCAUCUCCUCCGUCGCUAACAACUUCGGCCACGACUUCACCGUCGGCCAACUGGAAGCGACGCUGGAGUUUGAGUCGCCGCGGCAGCUGCUCCACAUCACGCUGCACCAGGGCAAAGACCUGCUGGAGAAGGAAGAGGGCGACUUUCCUGGCUGCUUCAUCAGAGUCUCCCUGGGGCCCGAAGAACUGAACGUGGGGGUCACAAGAGUGCAGACGAAUGCAUUCACUGUGAUCUUCAACGAGCGCUUCUCCAUCCCUGUGGACCCUGCUGCUCUGUACGAGUACAGCCUGCGCUUUGCAGCAUUUGGCAUCGAUGCUGAUGAGAGAAACAUCAGUGCAGGCGUGGCAGAGCUCAAGCUGUCCGAUCUGGACCUGACCAUCAGACCGUUCAACGCCUGGCUCUACCUUCAAGAUGUCAACAAGGCUGUGGACGCAGUGGGAGAGAUCCUGUUGUCCCUCAGUUACCUGCCGACAGCGGAGCGCCUCACCGUGGUCGUGGCCAAGUGCAAGAAUCUGGUGUGGACCAACGACAAGAACACAGCAGAUCCAUUUGUCAAAGUGUACCUCCUACAAGAUGGCAGAAAGAUCAGCAAGAAGAAGACUUCCACAAAAAGGGACGACACGAACCCGAUCUUUAACGAAGCCAUGAUCUUCUCCGUGCCGUCCUCCGUCCUGCAGGAACUCUCCCUGAGGGUGACGGUGGCAGAGGCCACUGACGACGGGCGGGGAGAGAACCUAGGUCAUGUGAUCAUCGGCCCUGAGGCCAGCGGGAUGGGGAUCACCCACUGGAAUCAGAUGUUAGCCACCCUGAGGAAGCCCGUGUCCAUGUGGCACCCUCUGCGCAGGAUCUAGGUCUCUCAGAAGACCACUCCUCUCCAUGUUGAACUCUUGUAUGGAUCGUUAAAGUUAUAGUUUUACAUUGUGACCAAGAGAGUAACUAAACAUCAUCUUUAUACAUGGAGGGGGAGCUGUAAAAUCACCAUUUGGUUUUAGGGGGUGUAAUUAUUCUCCUUACGAACCUGUCUAUCGUUACCCUGGGUUCAGUACGUUCGGUGUAAAUCCGUUUGAAACUUGAUUGUUUUUCCUUAUUUGUCUAGGAAGACAUGAAUUGUGGGAUCAUUUUCCCACGUUUUUGAAUGACAUUUUUCGUUUUGGACCUUUGAAUGAGUUUUAAAGUGAGAAAAGAAGUCCAGCCUUAGCAUGGUGCGUCUUACUGCUGGCGGGA